CAGUGAGCACAACGCGCCCGCGUCACCGCGUAGAGCUGUAAUGGAGUUUGAGAGGUGGCAGCUGGUUGUUUAUGUCGGUGUUAGACAAAUAAAACUGUAUAAAAGUUAGAGUUUACGACCCCAGUCCUUGUAAACAAAGACAACAACGUGUUACUGAAGCAGUACAUUUUAGGUGUACCUUAACUGAGCAGAGAACACCAGGUUAUGAUGUACUUACUCAGCAGAAUGCCAUGUCAAAACGGAGAAUAGGAUUUAAUUCAACGAAAUUGUUCCCACGGGAGUUUUCUUUUUUUUUUUUUUUUUGUUCUUUCUUUUUUUUUGAUGCCUUCCAUCUGAAAGUGGCACUAUGCCCGCAGCUACUGUGGAUCAUAGCCAAAAAAUAUGUGAGGUUUGGGCUAGUAACCUGGAUGAAGAGCUGAAAAGGAUCCGCCAGGUGAUCCGAAAAUACAACUACAUUGCGAUGGACACAGAGUUUCCAGGUGUAGUUGCUAGGCCAAUUGGAGAGUUCAGAAGUAAUGCAGACUACCAGUAUCAGCUCUUGCGGUGUAAUGUUGAUUUGUUGAAGAUUAUCCAGCUUGGCCUUACCUUCAUGAAUGAACAGGGUGAAUAUCCACAAGGAACUUCAACAUGGCAGUUCAACUUCAGAUUUAACCUCACGGAAGAUAUGUAUGCACAAGAUUCAAUUGAGCUACUGACUACAUCAGGUAUCCAGUUCAAAAAGCAUGAAGAAGAAGGCAUUGAGACACUAUAUUUUGCAGAGCUCCUCAUGACUUCAGGUGUGGUGCUCUGUGAAGGGGUCAAGUGGCUGUCGUUCCAUAGUGGCUACGACUUUGGAUACUUGAUCAAAAUCUUGUCCAACUCCAAGCUGCCAGAGGAAGAAGUUGACUUCUUUGAGAUACUUCGUUUAUUUUUCCCCAUUAUCUAUGAUGUGAAAUACCUCAUGAAGAGCUGUAAAAACCUGAAGGGUGGCCUGCAGGAGGUAGCUGAGCAGCUGGAACUGGAGAGGAUUGGGCCUCAGCAUCAGGCAGGCUCAGACUCUCUCCUCACAGGAAUGGCGUUCUUUAAGAUGAGAGAGAUGUUUUUUGAAGAUCAUAUUGAUGAUGCUAAGUACUGUGGUCAUUUGUACGGACUGGGCUCCGGUUCAUCCUACGUCCAGAACGGCACCGGCAACGCCUAUGAAGAGGAGGCCAACAAGCAGCAGUCAUGACACAACAAGAACCAACUUCACCUGCAGGGCUUAAAACAUGGGUUUUUUUAGUUUUUCAUGAGACGUUCAAUAGGAAUUUGCACUUUAAAGCUCUAAUGAGACUCUUGGUUUUAGAUGAAAAGCUAAAAAAACUUUCUCCACUUUGUUGCCUUCUCUACGUUAAUCUUCUGUCACAACACAUUCCUCUUUUAUCAUAAGAGACAAGAAAAAAUAUGGGUGUUUUAUUUUUCCCCUGCAAAGCUCAGCCUUAAGCUACAUUUUAUGUUUUUUUAUCAUUAAUUUAUUGCAUUCGUUCUCAUGCUUUGUUGAGUAGCACACAGACUAUUUCAACAAAAAACAGUAUGCCAGUUACCUACAUGUACAGUUGUUCCCUGAUCCAUGGAGUACCAUGUUGUACCACCUCACAACCUGCAGUAGCUUGAGACAGAUGGAGCGAGAGACAGUCACACACCGGAAGAUCCUGGCACUUAAUGGCACGAGUGAAGCCUUGCACUGAUUUUACCUUUAUGUUGGGCUAACAGGUUUUACCACAAAAUAGGAGAGUGAUGCAUAACUGCCACUAUUUAAUUGAACUGAGGUCACCUCUUCUGUAUCAAGACUGUCUUCAUUUCAUUUUAAAAAGUGACUUAAAGGUUUUGUAGUAUUUUAGUAUAAAAUCAAAGCCUUUUAUUCAUUGUGCUUCUUUAAAAAAAAAUCUUAACCAACUCAAGUACUCUUUGUCAGUGGAAUUAGAUUUACCUGUAGCACUGGUUUUUCAUUCAUGCGUGUUUUGUGCUGUUUGGGUUUUGUUUUGUGUUUACGGUUGUAGAUCAGCUGCAUGUACUGAUAGCGUUUGAAUAAAUGCUGUGUUGAGUCAUGGUCUGAGCUUAUACAGAGGUGUGAUCUGCAUGGACACUGCUUUUCUUCUGUUCAAUGUCACCUGGCCAAUUUUCUUCACCAGUGUGUAGAAUGUCCAUGCUGAGAAUAUGCAAUAACAAAGGUGACUGUUUUUAGAGCUUUUGUAAAUAAAGGCCUCAGAUUUUCUAUCAUCUGCAAAAUUGGGAA